AUGGCAGAGAUGCCUCCAACCAUGAAGAGUAGUACGCCACAUCAAGGCCUUGCCACGUCUUAUCUGUGCAACCUGGACCCCAAUGAUCAUGAUUCGGAGGACAGUCGUUCAACGGCGGAAGAUCUGGAGAGCAGGAAGUCAUUCCAAGACCAAAGGAGCCAUUUAUCUCACGCCAGCCCCUCACACCCUGACCGAGGGGAAGAAGACAGUCCGAUCGAUGUCACCGGGACACAGUUUGUAGAAAAAGACAUCGAGAAUAUGGCGAAAGAUGAGCUGCAGAAGCUUUUAAUGGAGCAGAUGGAUUUAAGGAAAAAGCUAGAACGGGAAUUUCAAAGUCUAAAAGACAAUUUCCAAGACCAGAUGAAGAGAGAGUUGGCCUACAGAGAGGAGAUGGUCCAGCAGCUGCAGAUUGUGAGAGACACCCUGUGUAAUGAACUGGAUCAGGAGAGGAAAGCACGCUAUGCUAUCCAGCAGAAAUUAAAAGAUGCCGACACCAAGAGCCUGCACAGAGAACUCUUCCUUCAGACCUCCAGUCCUGCCCCACUGAGCUACAUCUGGGCACCACGAAAACUGAUGUACCCUCCAGCACCCUGA